AAGUACAACAUUGACCAAUUUUAUGUCAAUUUUGUUAAUUCUGGACAGAGUGAAACUGGUUAUGUGUAUUUACUACAGAUAAAUUACGUAUGUAUGUACAUACGUACUGUUAUUGAACAUCGUCACUGCACGAAAUAAGUAUUUUUUACCCCGCACUUACCCAUAACAAAAUACUUGUUAUUGUGCAAUACCAGCUUCGUAUGUAUGUAUGACAAAUUAUUUUUGAUGGUUGGUUGUGGUAUAUAUAUCCUUGCGGUUCGGACUUACCAAAUGAAUUAGUUGCGUCUCACCAUUAGUGCAGUAAAGAAUUCCUCCUCCUAUAACGGCUGAGCAAGUAAUUAAGUGAAGCAGGAAAAGGCCAAUCGUCGUCGUCGGUCUUUUCGGUCGUAAAAAAUGUGGAAAGUCAACGGUCCGAGAUUGGAUCCGCGGUGUCUGCCUUGCUUUUUGGUCGUGACCCUGACAAUGUCAUCCAUACUGAUUGGAGUGGUGAAGAGCUCUCCGGAGAUAAAAUUGGUCAGCGUGGAGCCCAAGGAAUUUGCGCCAGAUACCCAAAUCGAAGAUCAAGAGCUGUAUCUGCUAACCAAUGUUACUCGGCUGGAGAUGCACUGCAAGGCACAUUUCCCAGUUCAGUGGGAUUUUGCAGGAGAUACGUCUCCAAUGCAACUGCAUGUUCGAGCUUUACGUAAAACUGGACCGAAACUGAGCGAUCCCACGUUCUUAGCAGAGUUGGUUAUCUUCCGAGUUUCUUCCUCCAUCACGGGAACCUACUAUUGUCGCAGUAUCCAAAAUCCCAACAAGUUUGAUAAAGUGCAUAUUUUUGCUCAAGAGAAAGGAUAUCGCGGUCAAGAUCCAGUUCUAAUUAAGUACGGACAAACCAUAGAUCUGAUCUUGAAUAGUGAAAAACCAAACGUGAUCAUCCCAUGUUCUACGUGGGACCCUAAAACCAAGAUUGCUCUAUUUAAAAAAUCUACCAGUUCGCGAAAGUUCGAGCCACUAGAACCCAAGGAUUCGUACACAUACGAUCCGAAAGUUGGAUUCCACCUGAACUUGACACAGCUUGAAGAAUCUUCGGGUCAGUACAUGUGCAGUCCAUCCAUUGACAGAACCUUCGACCGUGUUUAUGUGAAUCUCCGGAAACCAGAAUUUAAAGUCACUCCGGAUGAAAAGAUGGUGGAGAUUAUUCAAGGUGACAAAUUGAACUUGCGAUGCGAAGGAGUUGAGGAGGUUUCUAUUCUCGUAAAUGGCGAGGAAGUGAACGAUGCUCGAGUUACGUCGAAAAAAGAGUACAUUCCGGAAGCAGAGUUCCCUUACGUGGCCACUCUCGUUUUCUCCCAUCUCGAUCCUGCCGACGGAAGUGAAAUCGAAUGUGUUCGCAGUUCUGGCUCAACUGCGCGACCUAUCCAUACGUGGAAAUAUCGCGUUGUGGGAGAGUUUGAUGAAAAACGUCGAGGUAUAAAUAAGUACCACUCACGACGAACCAAGUUGGACUGGUUUGCUUGCUGGGCGAGAACGAGCCAAUCUCCCGACCUCAGUUUUGUCCAGUGCACCAACCCCAUGGAGUGUCAAAUCAGGGGACACUGUCUUCAAAAUAGCAACAAAUGUGAUCCAGCCUUGGUUCAACUCUGUUCUGGUGGAUGUGCUCACUCCACCAUUGAAAAUCAAACGGGAAUCCUUCAGUGUAAGGGGGACGGCGUGUUCCAACAAAUCCGACAAUUUCUUGGCACUUCAGGAACUUAUGUGUACAACAGCAUGAUUGAAGCACCCAAGGAGGAGAAACUGUCGCUGAGUGGGAAGCAUGUAUUCAAGUCUGGCUCCGCUGGGGAAUUUACAUGCACCGGAUCCACCUUCCUUUAUGCGGGGGGAUUCCGUUGGGGGAUCAAGGCAAAAGGACGGCCUGUCAAAGUAUUAGAGCCGAGCUCGGAAGAAGUGGUGGACUUUGAGGAGACAUUCCUCCCAACGGGUCAUGUUGUGGCGAAAGCGGUUCUUCGUCUGGAGUCGCCAAAGUUGGUUCAACUCAACUGUUUCGCCCCAUUUUGGAACACGACAGAUUGGGACUCUCGAAUUCACGCUCUCUACGUUCAGGGCUAAUCUCAGGCUAAUCCUCAGUCAAUAAAUACUUUCUGCUUACAUCGAUGUCAAUCACCCCGAAAAACAUUGAUCUUCUGUCUGGUUGUUGGCUGCAGGGUUACCUAAUCCUCUAACGUUCUGUUUUUUAAUCGUCGUGUGAUUUUUACUUUAAUUUUGCUCUAGGAAAACCCAGUAUUUUCCAUUUCUUACAUCAUUUGUAAUAAUUAGAUUAAAGUUAAUCAGUAUUUACAUUUAAAAUUUUGCCUCUAUUGUUGUUGCACUAUUACAAUUGCAUAAAUGCUAAAAUUUAUAAAUAAAUCUGAUCACUGCAUUUUA